CCGGAGGCGGCGGUAAUCUAUAGAGGGAGUCAGCGGAGGCAGAGGCGCACAAAAGAACGCACAGAGACGCACUGGAAGUUUCCCCUUUUGGAGAUGUUAACAAACUUUCCCAUCGCUUCUUUACAUUCCGGAGGGUUCUGAAAUAAGAGUGUAUUCCAGGACAGACGGACAGAGUGACACACGGACCAGUGCCUUCCGUGCGUAACGGCGUAUCCACACAUAUCGCAGGUUUUUUCAGGAGGGAAAUUGCGCACCGCUACAUUCUAACUUUUUACGCACUGUCUGGACGCCCCCCCCACGUUGAGUCCGGUCGUCAUGUCCUCCGGUGAUGCCUCGGAGCUGAGUCGGCGGGUCAGUGUGCUGUCUUGGGAUCAGGUGCGGCGUCUGGACUCCAUCCUGGGAGAGAGCGUCCCGAUCCACGGCCGCGGAAACUUCCCCACGCUGUCCGUGCAGCCCCGACAGAUCGUUCAGGUGGUCAGGGCUCGGCUGGAGGAACAGGGCGUGGUGGUACGUGACGUUAAACUGAACGGAUCCGCAGCCAGUCACGUGCUUCACCAAGACAACGGCCUGGGCUACAAAGACCUGGACCUCAUCUUCGGCCUGAGUCUUAGCGAUGACAAAACCUUCCGGCUGGUUAAGGACGUGGUGCUGGACUGCCUGGUGGACUUCUUGCCUGAAGGGGUGUGCAGGGAGCGAAUCACAGCACUCGCACUGAAGGAGGCGUACGUCCAGAAACUGGUCAAAGUAUGCAAUGAGACGGACCGUUGGAGCCUCAUCUCCCUGUCCAAUAACACCGGCAAGAAUGUGGAGCUCAAGUUCGUGGACUCUCUUCGGAGGCAGUUCGAGUUCAGUGUCGACUCCUUCCAGAUCACUCUGGAUUCGUUGCUGCUCUUCGACCGUUGCUCGGAGACGGCCAUGUCCGAGACCUUCCACCCGACGGUGCAGGGGGAGAGCAUGUACGGGGACUUUGAGGAAGCUCUGGGCCACCUUCGCUCCAAGACUAUCGCCACUCGCAGCCCAGAAGAGAUCCGAGGUGGCGGGCUGCUCAAGUACUGCCACCUGCUGGUGCGUGGUUUCCAGCCGUCUUCUGAGGCUCAGAUGAAACAAAUGCAGCGCUACAUGUGCUCACGCUUCUUCAUCGACUUCCCUGAUAUAAGCGAGCAGCAGAGGAAACUGGAAGGUUAUCUGCAGAACCACUUCGCGGGCAUGGAGCACAAGCGCUACCAGUACCUGGUGACGUUGAGGCAGGUGGUGGACGAAAGCACUGUGUGUCUGAUGGGCCAUGAGCGCAGACAGACAUUGGCACUUAUUUCCGCCCUGGCGUUGCGCGUCAUGGCCGAACAGAAUGCAAUCCCCGCUCUAUCAAACAUCACCUGCUACUACCAGCCCGCCCCGUAUGUCAGAGACGUCAACUUCAGCAAUUACUAUGUGGCGCAGGUUCAGUCGCCCAUGGCUGCCUGCAGUAACUCUUAUCAGACGUGGCUGCCUUGCAGCUGAGCAAGAACUUUGGAGAAACCUGUCAAGCUUUUUGCUUUAACUUUACGUUGAUGUAAACAGCAUUUUACUAGAAUGCUGGUACUUUUGUAGCAAUGUGGGUUCUUUGGUUUGAGACCCAUUGUGGACAUAUAGGAAUUAAGUAGGGAUGCAGUGAAAUUCUGGGCUGAUACCGAUGUGUAAAAUAAGGAUUUGGCUGAUAGCAGAUGCCAGUGUCUUUAAAAAAUGUAUUUAUUCUCCCUUUUGUGUUGGGAAAAUAAAGAAAUCUUCCUUACAAAAAGAACUGAACUGUUUUAAACCUGUUAAUAGCGUUAGGGUUAAGGUUAGAUUUACAACAGAAGAAGUUUAAGGCCAAAAUACGUGAGUUAGACUUCUUUCGAACGUGAUAUAAGUUUUUGUAUUUAGCAUGUGGCUAAAACAUGACUUAAAUGUAUCCCUAAUGCUAAAAUGGUUAGGUGGUGAUCAGCUAGAUGUUGAAAGGUUAAAAUCUUUGUCUUCACCACACUGUCUUUAAACGAACACAAACUAUUACAUAAAAUUGUUCAUUAAACCUUCAAUGAAACAAAACAGAUCAACAUCGGCUGCUGCUAUCGGUGAAACUCGUCUUAAUUGCAGAUCAACAAGACUGAGGUUGACCAAUACCGGCUGAUACACCAGUGCAUUCCUUGAAUUUAUCCUCUUUUUUUUUUUUUUUGCCAAAUUGUAUAUCAAAACUAUUCCACUAAGUUAUAUUGAUUAAUACUGCUGUAAAAAUACAAAAAAACUCGAGCCAUUCUAAUUAAAACUUUUUUUUUUCGUAACAUGGACAUGUAUAGAAGAAUAUGAAGGGUUGAUGUGUGACUGAGGAGCGUUUUCUUGUUUCUUGUCUGGUGGAAGCUUGUAUUGGGUCUAUAAUGAAAUGUAAAUAGUUUGUACGAAACCAGAAAGCUGUUUUUUUUUUUUUUGUUCUGUCUGUGGUUUCAACUGACCUGACUGGGAGAAAAAAAAAAAAAGGACCAAAGAAGUACUUUCUUGUGUAGCAUGACAAACAAAAACUGUAUGUGGUUCCAAGUGCCUGAAAUUGACCGUCUUUAUAGUAGUUACUAUGUAAGAAUUGUUUUUGAAUCUUUUUCAUCCAGGUUACUGUACAUUUCUAUAUCCAGGGUCAGGGUAUUUGUUUUUAAAAUCAUUAAAAUAUCAAAAUUGAAA